GCUGGGGCGCAGCCUUCCCGGGGCGAGCAACGUCCAGAGCCGGGGCCCGAGCUGCUGCCCUGCCUGCCCGCGCCCCGGCGCUACCUCAUGCUGCCCGCGCCCGUGCUGGGCUCGGCCGAGACCCCGCCGCCCGUCCCCGCCCCCGGCUCGCCGGUCAGCGGCUCUUCGCCGUUCGCCACCCAAGUUGGAGUCAUUCGAUGUCCAGUUUGCAGCCAAGAGUGUGCAGAGAGAGACAACAUAGAUAACUUUUUUGUGAAGGACACUACUGAGGUUCCCAGCAGUACAGUAGAAAAGUCUAAUCAGGUAUGCACAAGCUGUGAGGACAAUGCAGAAGCUAAUGGGUUUUGUGUAGAAUGUGUUGAGUGGCUCUGCAAGACAUGCAUCAGAGCCCAUCAAAGAGUGAAGUUCACAAAAGACCACACUGUAAGACAGAAGGAGGAAGUAUCUCCAGAGGCAGUGGGUGUGACCAGCCAGCAACCAGUGUUUUGUCCUUUUCAUAAGAAGGAACAGCUAAAGCUUUACUGUGAAACAUGUGACAAACUGGCAUGCCGGGACUGCCAGUUAUUAGAGCAUAAAGAGCAUAGGUACUGACAUCUUUAAUUAUAGACCCACAUUUAUAAUAAGCUAUAUGAGGAAUAGAGGACUGCUGGAACCCCAGCCAAAUGGCAGUCAACAAAUAA